AGUAGGUCUCACUGCCGUUACUAUAGUAAAAGCGACGAUCUGGACUGUGGUGUUAGAGGGCCUGACGAUGGAUACCCAGAAGGAUGUGCAACCGCCAAAACAGCAGCCAAUGAUAUAUAUUUGUGGAGAAUGUCAUACAGAAAAUGAAAUAAAAUCCAGGGAUCCAAUCAGAUGUAGAGAAUGCGGAUAUAGAAUAAUGUACAAGAAAAGAACAAAAAGAUUGGUGGUUUUUGAUGCCCGGUGAAAUCCCAAGAAUUCAGAGGAAAAACUUCACUUUCUUCUGGAUUUCACACAACUGUUUCAACUUGUAUAGCUUUGGGUCAUUGCUUUUCUGUUACAGAUUAAACCCUGUAAUACUCUUCCAUUCUAUUGGUAUAAAUUAUUUUUAAAAUAAAAUUUCUAAAUGUGA